AUGUCAGAAUUCAGCUGAUGUUUUAGGGAAAAGCCUUGCAAAUCUGCAGAAAGAAUUUAAUGACAUCCUUGCUGAUGCUAAGAGAGAAAAAGAGGAAGCGUGGGCUAGACAGAGACAAUUGCAGGAAGAAAUGGUAUCCCAGCAGGAAAAACUGGAAGAAGUAGAGGAGAAUUAUAGACAGGUUAAAGCUGAAAACAGGCAGAAUAAGAACAAGGUCGAUCAGUUAGAGAAUGAAAUUCAACAUUUACAUGAAAAAAUAAAGAGCAUGGAAGAAAUUCAGGGCCUUGCUGAUCAACAGCUCCAAGAGGCAAAUGAAGAGAAAAAGACUAUUCUUGCUCAACUGGAAGAUUUAGAGAAAAGG